CCUGGUUAUCUCACUGACGGUCAGAGGGGAGGCCUGUCUGCAUCUCGCUAUCCAAAACUUGAGCACCGCGCUUAUACGUUGUGGCCUUCUCAAGUGUGACGAUGGAGCCAUCAGGAAGCACCACGAGCAACCACACCCUCAACUCCACAGGCGGCGGCGGCUGUCCGUGGGAGGUCAGCGACAAGGCCAGGCUAUGCCGCUUCCUCUGCUACGGCUCGGAGGGAGACGUCUACACUGCCAGAGAGGAGGGUCGCGUCAGCAUCGAGAACGCCGGGGCCCUGCUCGCCAUGCUUCAGGAGGGCCGAGGCGUUGAGGUGGUGGAGGAGAUAAAAAGGUUCUCUCAGGAUGGCCGAGCCGUCAGACCGGGCCCCUCCUUUUUUGCCUUGGCUCUGUGCUCCCAGCACUCGGAGCUGAAGACCAGGCAGGCGGCGUUCAAAGCCCUGAAGGAAGUGUGUCGGGACCCUGCCCAUCUGUUUUCUUUCAUCCAGUACAAGAAGGAACUAAAAGAGGGCAUGAAAUGUGGGAUAUGGGGACGUGCCCUGAGGAAAGCAGUGUCUGACUGGUACAACGAGCAAGAUGCCAUGAUUCUAGCUGCCGCUGUGACCAAAUGUAAACAGAGAGAGGGCUGGUCGCACCAGGAUCUGCUCAGACUCUCUCACACCAAACCAGCUAAAGACGCUAUUGCCUUGAUCAGCAAAUACGUAACAAAGGGAUGGAAGGAGGUGCAGGUUGCCUACGCCGACAAAGAGAACUCAGAGGAGGUUGUCAAAGUGCUUUCGUAUCUUGAAGUGGUGGAGAAGGUCAAGCACAGCUGUGACGAAACGGAGGUCAUCAACUUAAUAGAAGAGCACAAACUGGAGAGGGAGCAGCUGCUGACAGACCAUCUGAAGUCCAAACAGGUGUGGAGAGCUUUGCUGAAGGAAAUGCCUCUCCACUCGGUGCUGAGGAUCUUGGGAAAGAUGACGUCAAAUAAAGUCCUUGAACCCGGAAGCUCAGAAACGCAAGCGGUCUGUGACAGGAUUCAGAGCGAGACAGUACUAAAGAAGGCAAAGAUCCACCCUUUCAGCAUACUCCUGGCUUCGGAAAACUACAAAAGGGGCCAAGGCUAUCAGGGCAAAACAAAGUGGGAACCAGACGGCAGCAUCCUCAAAGCGAUGGAUUCGGCCUUUUACAAGAGUUUUGUGAAUGUGGAGCCGGUUGGUAAACGCUUCGUAGUGGCGGUGGACGUGAGCACGUCGCUGAGCAGCGUUGUCCCGGGAACAUCCAUCAGCACUGCUGUCGCCGCUGCAGCCAUCACCAUGAUUUUCGCGAGGACAGAGGCAGACACACAUGUGCUGGCCUACUCUGAAGGCGCUGUGGUUCCCUGCUCUGUUUCUGCUGACAUGACGCUGGCAGAAGCGACAGUUGAACUGGUUAAGAUCCCCAGUGGGAGCACAGACUGCAGCCUUCCCAUCACGUGGGCCACAGAGAACGGCAAAUCCGUCGACGUCUUCAUAAUUCUGACCAACAACCCGCUAUGGACGUUUGCUGCCAGCCCACUGGAGUCUCUAAAGAAGCACAGACAAACAUCAGGAGCCACCUCCAAGCUGCUGAUGUGCGGGCUGACGUCCAUCGGACAUGCCAUGGCCGACGCCGAAGACAGGGGCUUGUUGAGCGUCUGCGGCUUCGACGUCGGAGCUCUGAGCGUCAUUUCUAACGUGGCCCGGGAUCUGAUCUGAUGAAGCGUCGGGGACCGUCUCUGAAUCAUGUCGUGGGAACAGAAACAGAAGGCACAAAGUGGGACCGACGUGGCUCAUGCAUCAUGCAGAGUGCCCGAAAACAGCACGAAUCCAAAAGAUGCUGACAUUUACAAUUCCAAUUUCUCUUUUUGUAUUGCGUCGCUUACAGGUCAGUUGACAAAGUGUCCAGCGGGCUGGACAACACUCCGGAAAUGUUACGUGCAUAUAUUUUUUGCAACAGUCGAAAAGGAAGUGACAAGACGUGUCGUUGCGUACGGGCCGUUUAUGGCUUUGAUGGUUCCUGGUGAGACACUAACCCCUGAAACGAUAAACUCCUCUCAUUUAUAGAAAGAAGUGGGCAGAUCAGAUAAGAGGAACGGUGAAUGUUAGAGACGUAGUGAAACUGUAGGUUUAUUUCAAGAGGAUUUCCUGUAGUUCACAGUAUGUAUCUAUGGUAUGGUUUAGCAGGUUCGUGUUAGAAACCUGAAUGCCUAUCCCUCUAUUUUAUGUAGCAUUGUUAUAAAUUAUUAACAUAUAUAAAAGUGAGAAUUAAAACAAAUCACCAAAAGUCAACAGGACACCUUGUUCUUGUUAUUCUGUUAAAUUUUGUUUUGAUUUAUUUGGUCAGAAAAGGUUAUUUUUUAAUAGUAGCAGCUCUUAUUCCUUUGACAUAACCCUUGCCUUUAGCUUAUCUUUAAUUGUUUUGAUAUUUGUUCUUCCCUCCCCCCUCUCCCCCCAAGUCAGUUUGGUUGUAAAACUGAGUCGUCUGUUCUGCUCUUGUCGAGUUUAUUCCACACAGAAAUACCCUUGGUGCUCUUAAAUGUGACGUUACACUUUAGGGGGAUCAUUUAGGUUUUGGGUUAUUUGGGAUUUUGCAAAAAAAAAAAAAAUGCCAAUGUUUGGGACUUAAGUCAGUUUACUGUAAGCUGGUGAAAUGGACUUUUUCCUCAUGUUUUAGUCAGAACUCUAUGCAUCAUAAUUGGGAUUUGACUUUAUUAUUAUUAUUAUUAUUAUUAUUAUUAUGUCCAGAGACGGAUGAAUCCCAGCUACAGUUCUGUUUCUGUAUCUUCAAUGUAAGAAUGUUUGUUAUGCAAAAACUAACCUUCCCUGAAUACAAUAAACUGAAUGUACUUUGUUUUUUUUUUUAAAGACCUGUAACACUAGAGAUUUAAAGUACAGUGAUUUAUAUUUGUCCAAAUACAGAACAAGCACACUGCUUAGAGUGUUUUAACAUUAGGGGCCAAUUUGUUUUUGGGGAACAAUGCAAGCAAAAGACUACUGUGGUGCUUCUUGUUUUUGUCAAAGUAACGGUAAUGGCUGUAGCGAUUGACAGCAUUCACUAAGUUUGUUACUUGUCAUUCACUCUGGUGUACUUCUGUCUUUAUUAACUCCCGACCAUGUAACUGUGAAGGAUGUUUGUCCGCACAUACUUUCAUUUUUAAAGCAAAUGUCCGCUGUGUUUUUGGUCACGGGUCCAAACGUUAUAACGCUAAAAUCUUUGUAUGAAGUGACCCUUUGAUACGAUGUUUGUGGUCUGACAGGAGGUGUGGUAGUCACAAAGUGUUUCACCUCCAUGAUUAACUUCUUUUCCAUCAUAUUGUACGUUGUAUUCAUGUUUUGUUUGUUUUUUGUUUUUUUUUUUGCUUAACAUGUAAGUACUUGACUGUAGUGGCAAUGUAAAUCCCUCCCUAAUAAACAUGUUGCUGCUGUUCA